AUGUUGUUCAAAGUGUUGAUGCAGCUGUGUGCCGCAUCGAUAAUGUGGGUGCUGCUGUUGUCGACCACGACUCAGAUCGUGCAUGGACUACCAGUACCCAACGCAGACUACCCUAUAUAUUCAGAGCGAAGAUCUGUAUUCUUUACGGAUCAAAUGACAGUGUUCCCACAGGACAAGAACAUCACGCUGACAGUGCUACACAACAUACUGCUGCCGCCACAAUGGCUGCUGCUAAAGGAUGGCUUCGACGUCUUCCAGCACGAUCGCAUCAAGACCGUGCGCAACACGACGACAUUCACCUGCGUCACCUCCUACGACACGGGCACCUACUCAUUCAUCGAGAUCGACGCCCUCAACACUGGCUACAACAUUCAGAGCUGGACGUUCAAUCUCAGUGUCAUUGGCGCCGACUCGGAGACGCUGCAUGUCGAGCGCGAGCCAGAGUACCUGGCCAUGUCGGGCGCAUCGCUGGCGCCGCAGCCCAUCAUUCGCUGGGACAUGCUGCAGGACGGCGUGAGCCGGGGGCGCAUCGAGCCCUUCAUUGCCAAGGCGCCGCCCAACUCGUCGCAUCACUACAUCACCUAUGAGCAGACGACCAUCGACCUGAACGAGAAGCUCACCACCUUCUCAGGCCUGAUGAUCGUCGGCGAGCCGGGCGACUACACCAUCGGCUUCGUCGACGCCGACACGUGCGAGAUAGUGCUUCUCCCGCGUCCCGUCGCGAUCUACGCAUCGUGGUACUCUCUGCUCUCGACGCUGAUCAUCUCGACCGUCAUAUCAAUUGGCAUCCUGCUGCUGGGUAUCGUCAUCCGUCUGAUACUCAAUCAUCGACGACACAACAAAGACGCCAGCAGCUACGUCACCUUCCUCAAGUCGUUCAAGAUGUCCAUUCUCAUCAAGAACAUCGAUGUUUUGCUACAUCGACGUGGCAGCGACUCCCUACACCUCUACUUCAAGACACUGCGGCUCUUCAUCGUACUCUCAGCCAUCCUAACUGUACUUGGACUGGCCCUACUCAUCCCAAUCACACUCAGAGGAGACAAUCACCUUGGCGACACAUAUUUAUUUACUCAAGCCAAUUGGCAAUUCAGUGCACCAAGUCUAUUCGUCUAUCAAGUGGCGGUUGUGGUGAUAUUCAUAUCAUUGAUCAUACUCUAUACAAGGUUUAAUGAUGAGCGUGUAUUCAAUCUAUACGACCGCAAUCACUUGGUCACAUCACGUACUGUUCUCCUGACAGGUCUACCAAAGUCCAUCAUCGACGGUACAUUGUUAAGCGAGUUCCUACAGACAUCAUACUCUAAGGGUAUCUAUUCUUUAUCGAUUAUAUUGGAGAAACACUUCCACAGACCAGAGAUAACAAGUGAUUUGGAUGGGUUUAAUGAUGGAUUCUUAAAGGAGAUGAGCGCUGAGAGGAGUAAUCAAUCGGCGAUCAAAUCCACUGGACAGGCAUUCGUCACAUUCAGUUGCGUGUCGGACAAACACUUGUUCCAGACCCAGUACUCGCCGCACAAAUGGGGCUGGGCCAAGGACAUAUCACACAAGAUACCUCCACAAUAUGAAGCAGAGUUGCAGACCAAGAAGUGGCGAGCCUACUCUGAUGUACCGCGUGUCUCUGACAUCAUGUGGACCAAGUUACACUGUCCCUCCAGCUACAACAGUCACUCAUGGACCGUAUUCAUCCUCAUUAUCUCAUUCAUGUUCUUCAUGACAACAUCCAUCUUUGCCGUGCUACUACAUGAUCUUCAGUAUGAGAGACUUCCAAUCAGCAAACAUAUAACAAGUAACAUGAGCCAUGAUUGGAUUGACUACAUGGUGUACACAUUCUUGCCUUGCAAUGUACUAUUGGUCCUUAAUCGUAUCAUUCCAUGCAUCAUCAAGGCCAUCUUUGAACGAUCGAGGAUCUACGUCAGAAGCUCACUCAAGUACAAGAUCAUGUUGACCACCUUUUAUGCACAAGCCAUCUCAAUAGUCGGCGUUCCGACCCUGUAUUAUGUAUUACUUAUGGGUUUCCCCAUCACCUCCACCAACGUAUUCUUCUUCCCAACCAACUUUUUUAGAACUGGAGUCACUCCAUUCUUGGACUCAUCAAGAAUAUACUCAUCUGUCGCAAACUUGAUCAAGUUCUUCAAGUACAAGGAGUCCUACCUGAUCGAUGAACGAUUCCUGGAUCUAUCCACACAAUAUGUUAAUGUACUUUUGAUGGUAUUGAUGAUAUCAAUCUAUGCACCAAUGUUUCCACCAUUGUUCAUUCUUAUGCCACUGUACAUGGUGAAGAAGUACUUCUUUGACAAGUAUACAAUCAUCUCUUCAAAGAUUGUCAACCCUCCAUCAGACAAACAGCUGGUGGAACCAUUGCAACAUUGUUUAUGGAUGAUCAUCACUUGCAUGAGUCUCUUCAACCUGGCCUACGCCAUAAUGAUCGUCAGAUUCGACCUGCUGAUCGUCUACAUAUUCCUCUUCAUCAUUGGAUUCGGUCGAUACGUACCUUCAUGCUCGCGAAGUCUGUGCUAUGGAGUGUGCGAUGGUGCCGUCCUGCCAUGCAUGGACAUGAAACAUCACGAGGAAGAAGACAAUGAUGUUGAGCUGGACAGAUCUGAAACUGAGACGGACGAUGACGAGGAUGACGAAGAUUCACUUCACCUGUCUGACAUGGAUGUGGAUGGUGCUGUCGAGAUGAAGGACAUUGGUGGCGACAAGCAGCAGGACAAGCCUCAUAACUCCUUGCUGCAUUCAUUCACCAGGAUGACUCUGAACCUCAAACAAAACUACGCGGUCGAGUCAUCCAAGAACAUCUUCUCCUUCAUAUUCAACACGAGGUACAAGCUGCCCUCGGCCAAGUCCAUCACAGUCCACCUCUACUUCUCGCCAGUCUACUGUACCGAUCGAUCACAGUUUACCGCUCAAGAGGAGGAGAAGGUUGAACAGGCGUAG